CUGCAGUGAUGUCACGGCAUCCCCUUCCAUCGACCUGACCCUUGACGUUUGACUAUCCAAGUAUACAUCAUUCUCUCAGUAUUUUUAGUUGAAUUAGUGCGAAUGUGACAGAGGAAAUAACUUUUUAAGUUUUAAUAAUCAUCCUACAUGUGAAUGACAUGCUAGCUUGCCUUUAGAACGGCUGAAAUAACUUCAUUUUUUGCAUUUAAUGACGUCUUAUUUAGCCUAGCUAGUAUAUAGUGAACUGGAUGCCUGAUCAGCCAUACUUAUAGUAGUGAAAUUUUUUGUGACUUUUUGGAGAACUUACACAUCCAUACCAUCUGUCCAGUCUGUUUUUAUGGAACGACCUGUUUUGCCAAAGAUGAUGCCGACGUCUUCCACACCGCGCGUAGGACUCCUCCUGCUAGUCUUCGUGACCGCCGUGGGCGUGUCCACGGGGCAGUACCCCCGCCCAACGCCCACCUACGGCGCGCCCAAACCCUGCUACCCCUCUACCGUCACCGAGUACGACACGGUGACUGAGACGAGCACAGUCGUGGAGACUUCCUACACGACCGUCGAGGAAGAAGUGGUCACGAACGCUACGGAGUAUACGACGGUGACGGAGACGGAGGUAGAGACGUUGAACGUCACGAUCAACGCGACCGUCGUGGAGACAGAGGUCGUGCAGAUCAACACCACAGACGUCGUGACCGUUAACGAAACGGUAGUGGUGACGAACACCUCGACUGCGACGGUGGAAAACACCGUAACGGUCACAGAGAUCAAAAUCCAGGAGAUCGAGGUGACGAAGUGCCCCUCGACAUACCCAAGGCCCACCCCCUCCUACCACGCCCCUGCCCCGUCCUACCACACCGCCCCGCCUCCAGGGCCUUACAACCUUCCCACGGCCAGCGUCCAGAGCAGCUUCGGCGCCUUCAAGGGCUACGGGGGUUUCAAAGGAUUCGACUUCAAAGGAUACGACCCCUUCCAGUAGUGCUGCAGCGUCCUCGACUUUUUUGGGGAGUGGGCGGGGUUGAGGGGGAGGUAGGGGGCUUAGUAAGGCACUCCAUUAAGUAACAAAGACCUAUUAUGGCCUGAACUUAAAUAUUACAUAGACUUUUUGAUAAGUAAGGAAAUCCCGUUAAGUAACAAAGACCUGUGCUUGAAUAUUUUUCCAGGUCGCUCCUAACUUUAUACACUGACCUGUACGCACUUAACACUUAACGUUUUUCAAUUUAGGAUAUAUA